CAACAAACCUAACAACUGCAACUAAGACAACUAUUAACACAGCUAAAACGAAUACAACUGAACAACAAUUAAAUUACUACGAAAAUUUUCGAAAGGCUAUCAAGGCUGGUAACAUUCCAGAAAUAAUUAAAACAUACCAAGAACUAUUUGAUAGCGAGCAAAAACAAGAAUUAAAAUUUAAAGAUUAUAACAAAGCAAUCGAUUAUAUAAGUAGGUCAAAUUUAGAUGAACAUUUACCAAUUUUGUAUAAAAUGGUAGAAGAUAUGAAAACCUUAAACAUUCAAACUAAAUUAUCUAUAUAUACUUCACUUAUGUAUGCAAACAAACUUCAUAAUAAGCCUUGGGAGGCUUGGAAACUCUUUGAAUCGUUGAAGCAUAGUGGAUACGAAAUCGUUCACGUUGAUGCUUAUUUAGAUGCUUACAGUUUAUUGAUAAAUGCUUUCAAACAAACGUUAAAUUCUGAUGGUGCAAUGAUAGUUUUUAUGGAUAUGAAAAAUCAUGAAAAAUUUCAACCUGUUGCUCAUCAUUAUCAUGAUCUCAUCGAGUUGUUUCAACUAAAAGGUGAUGUCAAGCAAAUGGAAAAACUUUAUGACGAGAUGAUCGUAAACAUAAUGGAACCGCUUGAAAAAACAUCGUAUCUAAUGAUCAAUCAAUAUAUGGGAUUGGGCGACAUCAACAAAGCUCUUGUAAUUUAUAAAAGAAUAUUACGCUCAAGUAAUAUCGAUAAUGAUGAUGGCACCAGUCACCAAUUAGAUUUGUUAACUUAUAAUAAUAUUAUCUAUCUAAGCAUUCAGGAAAAUAAUAUUCAAAAGGCCAUGCAUUUUUAUGAAUCAAUGCUAAAAAAUAACAUUCAACCAAAUCACACGACAUAUGACAUGAUGUUUAACAUGUGGUUGGAUAACGAUGAUUCAAAGAACGCAUAUUCAAUUUAUAAAAAAAUGAUUGAAUCAAAUAUAAAUCCGAAUAAAGAUUCCGGGGUUAUAAUACCAUUAUUAUUUAAAGAAGGUGAAAUAAAAUCAUCGAUUGAAAUAUUUAAAAAUGAAGUACAGGUUGCAAAGGAGCAAGGAACCACAGACGUUUAUUAUGACACAAUAAAGAGGAUUUUUAGAGGUUUUGAUAAGAAUCCAUCACAAAUAAAAGAUUUUUUAAAUGAGGCUAAAAAUAAUCAUGGAAUAGAAAUUGAUGAAAAAAUAGGAAUUCUGUUGCUAUAUCAUUAUAUGUCUAUUAAUGAUAACGAUAGUUUAAUAGAAUUUUACGAUAUAUUGGUAAAUAAAUUGAAUAGUUCGAUAGACACUGAAACUUACACAAAAUUGAUUGAGCAUUUAAUUAAAUCAAAAAGGAUUGAAGAAUCAUUGCAAGUCUACUAUGAGGCUAGAUCGAAAUGUGGUUUGAAUACAAGAAGUUAUAACAUUAUACUAGACUCUUUUGCCAAUAUCAAUCACAUGUCCGAGGCUCAAAGAAUUUUUGUUGACAUGAGACGACUUGAUGUCAAGCCAAAUUCUUAUACUUACAGUGCUCUAAUAAAAGGACUAGGUAAAACUUAUGAUUAUGAUGGUGUGGUGAACUUUCACAAUCUACUUAAAAUGAAUCUUGAUGUAGAAUUCGAUUUAAUAAUUUAUAAUGCAUUGAUGGAAGCUUAUAAUAGAUGUGGAUAUGGUUAUCAGGUUAUUCAAUUAUGGGAUUUGUUGGUAUUGUCUGAACAUCCAAUUGAUGAUAAAACUGUUUCAAUAGUUUUAGAUACUUGCGGUUAUUGUUACAUCACUUAUAAAAUCAAAGAAAUAUGGGAUUACUUAAAAGACAGGAGGUUUAAAUUCUCCAUAAAUAACUAUAAUUCAUACAUAGAAGCAUUAUCACGUACCAAUCAAUUUACAGAAGCAAAACGUGCAUUAAUGUAUGAAUUACAACAAGAUGGAUUCGUACCGGAAGAGAAAACUGUAAGACCUUUAUUAUCUUUUUUGCAUGAUAAAUCUAGAGGUAAAGAUCAAUUUCAUAUUAUAGAUUGGAUUAGGAAGGAAUAUCCAGAUUUAGCAGUAAAACUAAAAUUUAGUAGAGUAUAA